GAAUUUUUGACAGUUGUCAAUAAAAACAUCUCAAGCGAACGUGAAUUCAUCUCGAAAUCGCCUUCUUUGGAUGGGGUUACGAAUUAAAUAGUUUGUGUUUAAUGGAAAUUAUGUUUUAGGUGAGGUAAGAGAUGUCCAAAUGUUAAUUUGAACAGUGAACUUGUUAUUCUUUAAUUCAUUGCGAGCAUAGGAUGUUGAGAACGUCUGCUAAAACAUGGCGUACAAAAACGACAUGUGGGAACGAUAACGCUUGCCCUUUGUCGUGUUAGAUUCUAUUUUGAGCGUUGAAAGUGGUUAAUAUUUAGUAUUUGAGCUGUAUAUAGAAUUUUCGAACUGUUACAUAAUCGUUUUGUGGGCUUGAAUGUAAUAUUACGACAUAAGUAUCGCACAUUGCAAUGGUGAAAACCCGUCGCAGCAAUGGAGAAAACGGGGAGGUUGACGAAGGAAAUUAUUCGAUAAACGAAGUCGGCAGCGUCUCUGAUGAGAAGGCAUCAAAUUGGUCACAAAGAGAACUGCGGAGCAGCCAAUAUAAGGUCACUAGGAAGAUUCAACGUUGGCCAGCUAAAUAUAACCGCAGCAGAGUUCGAGCAAUCAAAAUGCCUCGUAUAAUGUUCCCUGAGAGUGAUACUGAACCUGAAAAGUAUUCGAGGAGAUCUCGCCAAGUAAGAGUGUUCUUUGCCGAUGACAAUGAUUCCACCAAUAGGAGCUUAAAAAUUAGACGCAACCGCGGCCCUAGGAAGAAUUACAUGGAAGAUAGUGAAGAUAAACCAAUACAACAAAACAUUUCAGACGUAAGACGUAGUUGUCGCAAACGUAAGCUUCUUCACCACAACUUCAACGAGAGUUGGAUCACCAACGAGCUCAAGGUGAAAGGCUAUCCCGACUUGUACUGCUUUCCCGGGACCAGCUCAUCAGAUGAGUUCUCUUCGGGUGAUGAAGCCAGGGAUACUAAGAAACUGACUCGCAGCCAUGUUCCAACCAACACAGAUGAAGACACGCAACUUUCACGUUUGAGGAGAACUUCUGCCAGAUUCACAAAUAAAAAGGAUGCGUCAGAAUCGGAUUCAGACGACGACAAAAACUUAACUGUAAUAGAAAAGAAACCAGUGGAAGCUAAAACAGAAAAAGAGAAUAAUGAGAAAAUGGAUACGGAAGAAGCUCAAGAGACAAUGUCUAAAGAUAAAUUGGAGAAAGAAAGUAAAACAGACGAGAAAAAUGUAGUACAAGACAGUGAGAGUAAUCCAAGGCCAGUGCGGUCUACCAGGGGAAGAGGCAGAAAAAAAGUCAACCUCCAACAAGAUACUGCAUCCUCGUCAUCAUCAUCGGAGUCGGGCAGCGUGCUUGGUUUGCGCCCGCGACGCUCCAAACGCACGCGCGCCGCGCAGCCCGCCAGAUUUGUGCAACUCGCUCCCAGAGAAACUAGAGGCAGACCUAGAGUUUCAGGAAAAACAUUUACACUCAGAAAGAAACCAUACAGUUUGAGAGAAAGAAAACCAAAGUUACGUAGAAAGACAAUAAGAUCACAAUCUCCAUCAAGCAGCAGCAGUAGUAGUAGCACUACUGAUUCUGAUACAGAAGAAGAUCUCAACGUGUCCAUGAAAAAUAAAACUAAGGGAAGACAAAAAUCAAAGUCUAUGAAUGAAGACAAGAAAGACAGAGCUUUGCGGGACAUACAACCAAUCGAAGUGGAUGGAAGCGUGAGAUUUUCAUCUGUGGGAGGUCUAGAAGACCACAUAAAAUGUCUCAGAGAGAUGGUACUGUUCCCUCUCAUGUACCCAGAUUUGUUUGAUAAGUUCAAAACGCGACCAGCCAAAGGGGUUCUAUUCCAUGGGCCACCGGGUACAGGGAAGACGUUGUUGGCAAGAGCCCUGGCGAAUGAGUGCAGUUUGGUCGGCGGGCGGAAAGUUGCCUUUUUCAUGAGGAAAGGCGCCGAUUGCCUGAAGAAAUGGGUUGGCGAGAGUGAAAGACAUUUGAAGUUACUUUUCCAACAGGCCAACAAAAUGAAGCCAUCGAUUAUAUUCUUCGACGAGAUAGACGCUCUAGCGCCGGUGCGCAGUGUGAGGCAGGAACAGGUGCACACUAGUGUCGUCGGCACGCUAUUGGCUGAGAUGGACGGUGUGUGCGACAGAGGGGAGGUCAUAGUAAUAGGAGCAACGAACCGAUUAGAUGCAGUGGACCCCGCGUUGCGUCGCGCGGGGCGCUUCGACAGAGAGCUGCACUUCCCCCCGCCCCACGCGUCCGCCCGCCGGGACAUCCUGGAUAUUUACACCAGACACUGGCAGCCACGGCUCACUGACGACACCCUGACUCAUAUAGCCGACAUCACUAACGGAUAUGGAGGAUCGGAUUUAAAGGCUUUAUGUUCUGAGGCAGUGUUGAAAGCGCUUAGAAGAGUUUAUCCACAAGUGUAUGAAAGUGAAUGUGCGUUGGUUAUCGUUCCUAAAAACGUGGAAGUGACAGUGGGUGACCUCGAGUCUGCCAUGAGCGGGCUGGUCGCCGCGGGCGCGCGCAGCAGUCCGGCGGCCGCGCGCCGCUUGCCGCAUUACAGCGUGCCGCUGCUGCAGAGCCAGCUGCGCUCCAUCACCAACAUGAUAAAGGAGCCUUCGCUGACGCAGCGCCAUGGGAGAUACACAGACACGCCCGCGUCCGCCAACGUCCUGCUGAUAGUGGGCGAGUGUGCGGAGACGCACCUCGCGCCCGCGCUGUUGGCGCAGCUGGAGCGCUGUGCGGUGCGCGAGCUGAGCGUCGCCGCGCUGCACUCCGCGCUGGCCUUCACUCAGGAGCAGGCGCUGAUAUCUUUAUUCUCGGAGUGCCGUCGCGCGGAUCGCGGCUGCAUCCUCUUCAUCCGCGACAUAAUGGACGUGUGGCGCAGUCUGAGCGGCGGCGCGGGCGCGGCGCUGCUGCUGCAGCUGUGGCGCACGCGCGCGGCGGGCGACAACACGCUGCUGGUGGCCACUGCGCCCGCGCACGCCAGCCUACCGCCGCAGGUAAACUGCUGCAUCCUCUUCAUCCGCGACAUAAUGGACGUGUGGCGCAGUCUGAGCGGCGGCGCGGGCGCGGCGCUGCUGCUGCAGCUGUGGCGCACGCGCGCGGCGGGCGACAACACGCUGCUGGUGGCCACUGCGCCCGCGCACGCCAGCCUACCGCCGCAGCUUCAGGAACUGUUUCCGGCGUACAAAGAAUGCGUGUACAGGGUGCGCGAACCCACCUCAGCGGAAGUGAUCAACUUUUUGAAGCCGAUCAUAAGCGAAGCACCCUUGGAGGCGCCCAUAGUGCAGAGUACUCAACCACCCCCACCAUUACCUAGAGCCCCGCCCCCUCCGCCGCCGCGUGAGAGUGAAGUGGAAAUAGCGAGGAGGAAGAGGAAGGAGGAUUACAAAUUGCGCGAGCUGAGGAUAUUCUUGCGGGAUAUUUGUAGGAAACUGGCGUCGAAUAGACGUUUUUACAAAUUCACUAAACCGGUGGACUUAGAAGAGGUGACAGACUAUUUAGACAUCGUGAAGCAGCCCAUGGACUUGGAGACCAUGAUGACCAAAGUGGACCUGCACAAGUAUAACUGCGCGAAAGAGUUCUUGGACGACGUCGAUUUGAUUUGCGCGAACGCCCUUGAGUAUAAUCCUGACAGAACAUCGUCAGACAAGCAGAUACGUCACGAAGCGUGCGCGCUGCGCGACCACGCGCACGCUCUGAUCGACGUGGAGAUGGACAGCGACUUUGAGCUCGACUGCCAGGAGAUAGCGCGCCGGAGGGUCGAGGAGGGCGCGGCUGACAACGACCUGCCCGACUUCAUAUACACUGCUUCCAACUUGCCGCAAGUCUCACUCACAACAGAGCAGAACGACAGCAAGACAGUCCAGACUCCGCAGAACGGUGAGAAGAGUGAAACACAUUCAGCGAAGCGCAAACGUAGAAGAAUUAACGCCUGGUCGAAAGGGCUCGUUGUCAAACGGCAGAAGACUACGCCUAAGAACUUCAAAGACUCAAAUAUGCCGAUAACGGACGAGGAGUCUAAAGAAAACAAGCCGAUCACAUCAACGCCACUACACAACGGGUCGUGCAGCUCGUCGGGGUCGGACGACGACGCGCCGCUGCGCCGGCCGGCCAACGACGAGUCGCUGCUGAACCUCACCCCGCAUCCGCAAAUCAACCACGUGCUGGAGAGUCCCGCCAAAUCAACAGAGAGGACUCCUACGAAGCAAUCACCAAAGAAAAGGAAUUCAGGUCACGAGACGUCUACUGGAGAUACAGAGAAAGUACUGAUAAACAAGACUGAGUUAGAUAACAUUCUAUAUAAGAACGCGAAGGCCCUGCGCAACAUAGGCCUCGAGGCGCUUUUGGACCUCUACGCGGACCUCGCGGCCUGCGUGCGCGCGUACGUGAGCACGCACGACCGCACCAAGCUGCCGCACGAGCUGCACGCAGUCAUCACUAGGUACUUGCACGCGAACAAGUAAAUGAAACGGUAUACAUAAAUUGUUUUAACUUGGCACGUCAUUAUAUUUGCAUAGAGCGUUUGUAUAAGCCUCACGACUCGCCUGAAUGGCUCCUUGGUUAAUAAUAGUUCAAGACAAUAACAAAGAAGAUGGGCCAAAGGGCAAUCCCCAUCGGCAAAUACAACGUCGGCCCCGGGAGCACGUCGUCAUCAAAUCAACCCAUAUUCGGCUCACUGCUGAGCUCGAGUCUCCUCUCAGAAUGAGAGGGGUAAGGCCAAUAGUCCACCACGCUGUGUGUGCGUGUGUGAAGUCUGCCAAUCCGCAUUGAUUGGCAGACUUCACACACGCAGAGAAUUAAAAUAAUUCUCUGGUAUGCAGGUUUCCUCACGAUGUUUUCCUUCACGGAUUGAGACACGUGAUAUUUAAUUUCUUAAAAGUAUAAAUAAGGAUCUGGUUAAAUAAUUGGCUUACUAAAAGUAUGUUGUUUGAAGAAAAAAACAGGUUCUCCAUCACUCUUCUUGCUCAAAAAGUUCGCCAGUAUACCAAACCGGCGAAGUAACAUUUGAAGCUGUAAUAUUUUUGUCUGUUACCUACAAGCUUAACAAACAAGAAAACGAACAUACAAACCAAUCAUAAUAACAGUCUUCAGAAUAAGUCGUAAAACUCAGGCGGUAUUGUCAAGGAUCUUUGCUUAUUUGAUCUCCGUUAUGGACAAAUUAAAGAUGAAUUAAAAAUUUCACAAAACGUUGUAGCAAACUUUUUUGAUAAAGUAAUGAUUUAAUUAUUAAAGUAGCAUUAUCAAGAUUUUUUUAGAUGCGCGGGUGGUAAGGGUAGGCCUGGGCCGGGGAUGGGCAUUCCCUUUUGUUUGAAGUCCAGGCCUGGCCUGAAAUAACAUAAAAUAUGGCUCAUCUCCUUUGUCAUUGUUUUGAAUUAACUGUGGAGCCAUUAAGGUUUAUACUCACUAUAGGACGGGGUCUCAAAGUGGGGUACCGAACCCUGGGCUUCGCCAUUUGACGGCAGAGGGUUCGCGACAAAAAUUACGCAAUGGUGGCUUGAUAAUUGAUACCGAGUCAAAAUUAAGGUUAAAAUUGUCCAAAAUUACUCCUAACAUCGUAUUAGGCGAAUGUGAUGACGUUCGAAAGUCAAAUAAUCUAUAUACAGGCCUUCCGGCGAAGUUAAAACGUCAUUUAAGUUGAGAAGAAAAGUUACUUAAGUGGCAUAUAGUCUGUAUCCUUCAGGUUGUUAGAGUAAAAUUAAUAAAAUAUUAUUUUUAUUUAAUUCUCAGGACACUGUUUCAGAAUUUUGUCUAUUGCACUAGUUUUACUUCAUUGGUGUAAAUGAAAAUAUUAAAUUUUGCAAAACCGUCCAAAAAAAUCUAUAAAAACUAUAACUGUAAUAUACCUCACAUCAGAUACCAUAGACAAUGGGUUCAUUGCACAAUGUAAUUGCAAUCACCUACCGUUUUUAACAUAUUUGUAAUGACAUUGAAAUUGUCGAAGAUGAUUGCGAUCGCAUUACGCAAUUAGCCUCUCCAUAGAAUCAUAACUUUGACGGAAGGCUGACCUCUUGGUAUGAUUUCGGUUGGAAUAAGACAUUCCAUGUAAAUGUAUUGUUGGAGUGAUGCUGGAAUUAAUGUAACAUGAUUAAUUUAAGGGUAGUUUACUGUUGCAGGGGAGAUUAUAUAAUACAAUGUAAAGUUAAUUUAAUUUAUUAUUUUUCGCGCUUCUCUUGGCCCUAUCAGUUAGGAUAUUAUCGCGGAGUGAGAUAUUAUAUUAAGCUAAAAAAAUCGUAUAACCAUAAAAAUACGAUUACCUGCCUUUAAUAUGUAUGAUGCUGACACAAGAAAGACUUUUUUAUGUAUGUGUUUUUUUAAGUUAUCCCAUUUAACUGUAACUUUUGAAGACCAAGUUUAAUUACUUGUUCGUAUUCUCGGUCAAAUAUAAAUUAUAUUGAUGUUGUGUUGUGUUUUUGAAACUACCGAAUUAUAUUCCAAAACUGUUAAGACGAAUUUAUUAUCUAGGAUAAUUUUUUUACAACGCAAAAUGUCUUUUUUCUUUAAGCCUUCAUUCGCACGAGAGAUUGAAAAUAUCGAUGUCUCUAUCGUUGCAAUGGGAAAAAAGAGACAAAGAAGUUUUAGAUGCCGUCGCUUCCUCUUCACGAUAUAUACUCAGAGGCAGAAUUACCCGCCCACUUUAAUGUGACGCGUGUAUAUUAAAAAGUGCGGAUAAUUGUGCCUCAGACCGACAAAUAUGACUUUAAACUUAUUCGUAGUUGGAACAUGUUUUAAUGUGUUUAGGUGUUAAGUUGUAAUUAUUUAAAUAUACGCAAAAACAUUGUUCAAAGUCAAAUUCCAGAAAUCUAAGGCCCAUCUUUUGUGUAUCUUACCUAUUCAUAAUAUAUGUACUUCUGUUCUAGAUAUAGAUAAGUAAUAUUUAAUGUAAGUUACCAAUCUUCCCUGUAACACGAAUUUUGUAAAUGUUUAAAAAUUAUCUCGACAUAUUAGGGAAAGUAUUACAAUUAUUCAUAAUUACCUAAACAGCCAAAUUGUGAGUAAAUAUACGUGUCUAAAGGUUUUUGCCCAUUACAAUAGAUACAAUAGCCAAUUUAUUGUAUUUGUUGAAAGGAGAUGGUCCAUUUCAGGUCCACUCUUGUACCCCGUAUCAUUAAAAUUUAAAAAAUACAAGGAAUUUAUUAAAUUUUAUUAAAGUGAAUAAAUCUAACUAAAUAAAAAGAAAUUAAUAAAAUAAAAACCCAAGUUUUUGAGUUAUAUCAAGAUGGCGCCCAUAAAGCAACUAUGACAUGACAGUUGACAGCAAACGUCAAAUCGAAUAAUGCAUUGAAAUGGUCAUCUAUCCGCCAUUAAUGUUGCAUUUCUUGGGAGAUAAUUAAUAUUAUUUCGAAAGAAUUAAAGUAAAUACGUAGAUUUGUAUAAUGAAAAAUAGUUGAAAAUAAUAUCUUCUUUUAUUUCCGCCAGGGUACAAUGACUGGACCUGGGCUCCAUACAAUUUUGGACCAUCUCCUUUCUUGAAAUAUAUAAUCUAAAAUUAAAUUACAAAUUUACUAAGGAGUAAAAUUUAAACAAAAUUGGAAUUUAGCUGCUGUGAUAUUAUCAUUGUACCUUCAGAUAACCGGCAUUUAAAUAUUUUUAAGCGAUUGCAUAUGUUUUAUCGAGGGCGGCGGCGACCCAAUCAAGAAAUUCCGUAACGAAAAUAUUUUUUUUUAUUUUUUUUUUUAAUAAAUAGCUUUACCGCGGCAGUCCCGAGUUUUUUUUUACAUAAAUAUUCUGAGAAACUCUUUAAUACUUUAUCUAUCAACAAAGAAUACUGCGACUUUUCAAAAAUGGAUGUUUUUCAAAUACAGUAUUUUGGUGUCAUGGUACGGCAAAAUACCUAAUAGUUUAGUUUCAAGUAUACCGAAAUACUCAAGUGUGUAAUGGGCGAACACCUUUAAGACACUUCUGAGUAAGUUGCCCUCUGGACUGUGAUAAGUACGUACUUUAAGGAUAUGUAAAUAUUUCGUUUGCUUAUAGUUUUUUUACAACUCAAAAUGAAUUUGACAUUUUAAUUUUUGUUUUUGCUUAUGCUUACAUUAAAAUAUGAAAAAUAAUGAAUGCACAGUUUAUAAUGAGUAUAGAUUAGACGAGUAAAAGUCUCAGGUUUGUAUUCCGGUGGAGAAUAUUUUUGGAUUUUCUUAAUUAUUUUGGGAUUUCGGGUGAAAUUACUCCACUCUCAGGCGUUCUUAGUAGAAGAGUUGUUUAUAUAAACUGAACUUAACGUUAAAUAAAAACCUUUGAAUUUUGUCUUUUAACUUAAAUGGCGUAAUUAUUAGUUUAAUUAAAUCAGUACCAAUAUUAUAACUGUUUAUUUAUUAUACGUAUUCAUUAACUUAAUAUAUUCGUUCAUUAAAGUCCUAGAGCCGGUGGUUUUGUGGGGCAGAAUUGAAAUUUUCUGUAUUGUAUGGUAGGAUUACAUUUGGACUAAUCGUAAUAGUCAGGAAUCCCUAGAACAUUUUGCACAUCUGAUUACUAACAAAAUAAUUUUUCGCGAGUAGCUUCAUCUCGAUGAGACGGUCAACUUUUUUAUUGACUAAAAUUCUUGAUUCUGGUAGCUAACUGAGUUAUAGGAAAUGAAAAUUUCAGAGCGUCCGAACGAGACAAUGUACCACGUAAUUUGUAGAACAAUGUGGUUGCUAUAAGUUUAGUCAAAAAGUAAUCUUCAAGAUUACCUGAAAGUUGAAAGUAAAGUUAAAGCUUCGUAUUUUUAUUGCAAAUCAAUAGGACUGUCAUUCAUUUUCUACUUUUCUUGUUUUAUUUACAACUAGCGGAGGCCCGCGAAUUCGUCCGCGUGAAAUUUAGUUUUUCAGAAAUCCCUCGGGCACCAUGGAUUUUUCUGGAAUGAAAAGAAGCCUAUGUGUUAAUCCAGAGUAAAAUCUAUUUCCAUUUUAAAUUUCAGCCAAAUCGCUUCAGUAGUUGCGUCGUUAGAGUAACAAACGUCCAAACAAACAUCCAUACUAACUUUCGUGUUUAUAAUAGUAGUAGGAUAUUUUGUCUUACAAAUUCCGUAAUUUAAAAAACUGAAGUACAUUUUUUUUAAAGUAUCAAUUAAAAUAUUUUUCAAUUUAAUUUUUUUAAUGUUUAAUUUCAUUUUCAAAACUAAGUAGCGAACAAAAUAACAAUUUUAUUUCACUUACUUACUGACACAUUGUAUCUAUUAAAAUAGCUCCUCAAAAACCUACUAGCUCUUCGACUAUUAGGGAUUGAUGUCGGAAUUUGAGGGUUUUCUAGAAUGGAUAUUGCUAACGUAUAGUAAGGCCUAUUUAGCUUGUUAAAUGUAUAAGCAAUUAUACCUCGUAUUCUUAAUAAACAUUACAAUAUUAUAUCUUUAUAUGGUUCAAAUUGUAUGUAUAUAAUUAUAAUUAUAAAUAUAAUCGUAUGUAAUAAAAAAGUAUAAAAAUUACACUACAAGAUUGACUGCAUGCUACAAAAAUAAUUGUAAAAAUAAAUUUUUCUUUUUUUUUUAUUGCUUUGGUUCAAAAAUCAGCAUUUUGUUCGAAAAAUAUCACUUGGCAGCUAGACUGCAAAUACACAAAAAAAUGGGUAUGUGUUUUUAUAGUUAUUACAUGUAAAUUGUUUACUUUAAUUAGUUUUUUUGAGAUCUUUUCUGGCAUUUUAUAGCAAAAUAUUAUAAGAAAACUAAAGUUGUGAAUGAAAUUUAUGAAAAUAUUUAAUGAUUUUAACAAUUUGGCUUUUUAGGUUACGCGCGUAAACUAUGUAUACAGGUUAAGGGAUUCAGAUGCGGUUGUUUAAUAAUUUAUUAAAUUUAAUUUUAAAAAUUAAACAUUUCAUUUCAUUUCUAGAAUUGCUCUUAAAUUCAUAAGCACGUUAAUUUAGGUACUUAAAUCAAUUAUUAUUAUUAUUAUUUUUACUUAUCAAAUUAUUAGUAUCAAAAUAUUAUCACUUUGGAUUUUAAGAAUGAAAUUAAUUGAUUUUUUUUUGAUUGAUUGAUUUGUUUGGUGAUUGAUUGGUGGAUUUUCAUCCUCCUCCUAACAAGUUAGCCCGCUUCCAUCUUAGACUGCAUCAUCACUUACCAUUAGGUGAGAUUGUAGUCAAGGGCUAACUUGUAAAGAAUAAAAAAAAAGGUAAACUGAUCGUGUGUUGGUCGCAAUGUGCAUGACAUUAUGCAGAUUGCGACGCCUGCAGUGCUAGGCAUGUGGUUUAUCGUAUAGUGGGUGGCUAGCACUGUCUCGGUUUCAGUAUAAUAUUUUUCAAAAUGGCGACCGCUACCCCGUUAGUUCAUCUCCUCUCAGAUGAUAAAUCUGGGAGGGAGUACAGGCGUCGAGACUUAGCCUCCUUGUAAGGCGCGGAUCUUGCUUUUUUUCUUUACUCCCAAUUUUAGCCACCGGGUUAGAUAAGUUUGUGGCAUUUUUCGCUACAACAAAAGCCUAUAAGCCAAACUUCCAAAAGUAGACAAAUUAUACGCAAUAACAUGUCAUUUUAGUUCCUUAACCUGAUUAAUAUGUUAGCGAAUGAAGUAACGAAUUAAAUUAGUUAAUUAAUUUAUUAUUAUUAAUCACCUACGAUAAAUUUAACGAAGAUUUUGGAUUAAAUAUCUUGUGAAUUUUAGGAUAAUCGGACGUUUACACGGUGUGCAAUUCACAUAGCCAUUAAAGUAUUGUAUACUUUUAACAACAUAAACUAUGCGUUACCAUAAAGGCGAGACUACACUUACGAGUCGAGUAGGAGCAGAACACAAAUUCGUGUAAUGUGACGAGCUAAAACAUCGUGUUGCAUCAAUUGUCCAUUAUCAGACAAACACAAACGUAUAGAUAGACAGUCAAACAGAGUGAAAGAAAGAGACUUUUUUUGGCAAUUAUGUAAUUGAAUUGUAUCAAAAUAAUUUAAUCCAAAAAAAAAGGUAUCCAAAACAUGAGGAUGAUUAGAAAAAGUAAGAAAGGCUAAAAUAUUCAUGGUUGUCAUGAACCGCGGAAGAAAAGCGACAUCCGAUGUCAGAAUCGCUGGAAGCUCGUAAGUGCCGCGAAUCACGACAUGCAGAUUGGCUCGUGCUUUUUUCGUAAGUGUAAACGCGCCUAAAGAUUGCAUCAAUAAAUAAUUGUAUUGAACGAUUGAAUGUCAUUUCAAACACUGCCAUUAACAUAUUAUAAGAUUUAUAUAGAAUUUGCGUGUAUUAUUGUUAACAUUAAGAAAAACAUUUUUAACUAAUCAAACAAGUAUAUUAUUUUAUUCAUCAUUUACACGCGUUAACGCACCAGUCAACGGUGAGUGAACAAUUGUACACUUUCUUGCAUCUAAAAAUAUAAUUUAUAUCGAUUACCUAUCCACGUGUAAUAUUAAUAACAUUUCUUAGUAUUUAAUUUUGAUUAUUAUAUUUUAAUGUAUGAAAUAAUAUCUAUCCAAAUAUACCACACAACAAGCAACUUCCAAAUAAUUAAUUUUUCUUUCAUCUAUUUUUAUCGUCCUUACGUACAUUAGACAUAACAUUUUAAGCCUAGUUUACACUGAACAAGUUUCUGGGUCGAAUAACUUCGGCAUGUCGAUUACCAAUUACCAUUAAGAUAAAACUUUUAUUAGUGUAUGAAUAAAACUGCUAUUUUCAUUUCAUAAAAUAUUUUAAAGAUUAUUGUUUAAUUUUUACCAUAUUAAGUCACACAAACUAUGAUAAAAUAAGUUUGAAAAUGUAUUAGGUAACUUAAAUAAUAAUUUUGCCGCCUCUUCACCAAUAAUACUUAACAGUAAUUCUGAGACACUCAGCUGGUAAGAUACCCCAUAAACGAUCAAACUUUUCGUAAAAAUCUUCCCAGAAAAAUAUACAACGAAAACCACAAAUAAAUCGUAUCUCCCUUGAAAAUACUUUUUGAGAAAAUCGCUGACAUAUCUACCUACCUACUAGGUACGUCCUCAUAUCCGUUCCCGUGAAAUUAUGUUUUUUUUACAAAUAAGGAACAAUGUAUUAUUCCAAGAUAAAAGUAGCCUUUGUUCUGCUCCAAGGUCCAUAAUCACUAUACCAAAUAGAGAUGGGUAACUCAUUAUUUUUACAUGAGGUUGAGGGAGGACGAGGUGAGGUGCUAGGUGAGGACCUUAGGUUAGGUAACCAUACAGACUUACUUUCGCAUGUAAAAUAUUAGUAUGGAUGGGUCAAGUAUUUUAGAAUUUCAUAUGUGGUACAAAAUCUUGUUAAUCACCAAUGUAAACCGGCCAUAAGUAAACGUUUAUUUUGUGUUACAGGUGAGUUUUUUCUCGGCUCCCGUUUGUAAUAAUUGUGUUUACACAGCUUUCGCCCGCCAUUCUAUUAGAGCGCGCGAUAAUGUAGUUUUUUUUUUUACCUUAUUUUACUGUAUCAAAACGAAGCACACUUCGCUUUUUGUGACCUCUCGUCAAUAGAGGAUCUAACAAUUUGUCAUCUUGUGGGCCUCUGAUACUUGUAAAAAGUUUUUUUUUAUUUAACAAUUUGAAUUUGACUUCGAUCUCAUUACCAGUAUUCACUGACUAUCGAUCGAUCGCUUUCAUGUAAUGAAAUCCACCGUUCUGUUUUUCAUACAAGAUGUAAGUUACAAGAUAUUUUUAUGCAAUUAAAUGCAGUCUAUUUUCGUAUGUAGUGUAGGCCCCGGUAUAAAUGUGAUUUGUUUUUUUUUUUAAUCUCUUCAAGUUAGCCCUUGACUACAAUCUCACCUGAUUGUAAGUGAUGAUGCAAUCUAAGAUGGAAGCGGGCUAACUUGUUACGAGUAGGAUGAUUUUUUUUUUUUUUUUUUUAUUCUUUACUAGUUAGCCCUUGACUACAAUCUCAUCUGAUGGUAAGUGAUGAUGCAGUCUAAGAUGGAAGCAGGGCUAACUUGUUAGGAGGAGGAUGAAAAUCCACACCCCUUUCGGUUUCUACACGGCAUCGUACCGGAACGCUAAAUCGCUUGGCGGUACGUCUUUGCCGGUAGGGUGGUAACUAGCCACGGCCGAAGCCUCCCACCAGCCAGACCUGGACAAAUUAAGAAAAUCUCAAACUGCCCAGCCGGGGAUCGAACCCAGGACCUCCGUUUUGUGAAUCCACCGCGCAAACCACUGCGCCACGGAGGCCGUCAAAAUGAAUGAAAUGAAUGAUGAAAUCCACAUUCACUUUCGGCAGAGUAAAUACUGUGCUUUCGGUUUCUACACGACAUCGUACCGGAACGCUAAAUCGCUUGACGGUACGUCUUUGUCGGUAGAGUGGUAACUAGCCACGGCCGGAGCCUCCCACCAGCCAAAAAAAUUUAACAGUUAUUAGAAGGCAAUUUAAGAGACAUAAAUUCAAAUGCUUACAGUUAUUGUUUACACGACACUGAAACUCAACAAACAUUUUUUUUUUUAAUUUUUAUGGGACUUUAGAAGAUACUGAAAGAUAGAAGAGGUACAGAACACUUUACAUAAGGCUACUUUUUAUCCCGAAAAAUCUAUGGUUCCCGAAUUUGUGAAUAACUGAAUUUCACGCUGACAAUGUCGCUGAAAGAUGCGCGUUGCCCUAUACCUUUAUAUUACAUCGGAGGUCCAAUAAAAUCUUUUAGUGUAUUAUUAUUUUGACGUGACAACGUUUUAUAAUUCGAUGGAGCCGGCUGCACACUCGAAAAAAGAUGACGUCAUGCGUCGUUCCCUCGCUCUAGGGUUGCCAACCUUUUUUACAAAAACUAAGUAUAUUCUGGUCUAUGAAGAUUAUUAAUCAGUAUUUUAGAAAAACGAACAUUUUCUUUUGAAAAAUGCAACCAUUCCGUCAGUAUUUUCUUACGUUACGUUCAACUAUCGUCAGACAGACUUUACAGACAAGCGAUAUUUUACUAGCAAUCUUGUAUGCAAAACACAAGGAAAUCCCUUGAUAAAUAACAGUACAGAAUAAAAUUAAUUAACUUUAUUAGAUACAUGCUUUUGUUAAAGUAGAUUACUUUAACUAUUUUUACUUUCUAAUAAAAUAUGUUACACCAUAACACUUGCGAGUAUGUCGAUUCAAGUGUUAAAAUAAAAUGGGGAUAAAGCAAAGUAAUAAAAAAACUGUAGCGCGCCGUAUAAUAUGUAACAACUAAUCAACUGUGGCAAAUACAAUAUGUUUUCCAUUACUGUGAGAUUAGACUGCGUUGAUUGCUAUCUAUAUCUUAUAAUAUAAAUCUUGGAAAACAAUUUGUUUUGUGUGCGAUGGUAAUGAAUCGGGUGGCCAUGGUUUCGAAAACUUCGGAAUGGUUUUUUUUUAAAUUUUUUUUUUUCUAUAUUUCCAAAACAAGCUUCCGUAAAAAUGUAACACACAAUUCGAAAUGGUUUUUUCAAAUAUUUCCAAAACAAGCCUCCGUAGCAAAACAAAUAACACAUAACAAUCAAUCAAUCCAAAUGAACCUUAACUGUGGAUUUCUCUUUUUUUUUGUAAUUUUGUCAGACCAGCUAGGUAAUAAACCUGUACAAUACCAGUUAGUGUGAUUACCACUGAACACAAGUAUACCCAAUUCGAGUUAAAUUAAACACCUGGAAGUUGUUCUAACUUGACUUUUUCCAAACAUGCUAAUACAGAAAGUUAAACCAAAUCUUUGAAUAAUAUUGUAUCGACGACACUAUUAAUUGUAGCAUAAUCUACAUUAAUGAAUAAAAUUCAAAUAUCUGUUUUAAUUGAUAAAUUAGCAUAUUUUACUACAUGCAAAUCCAAUAUUAAACUUAAUUUAUAUAAAUAUAAAAUUGCUGAAACAAAAUAAUAAAUAUGUUACCAAGAUUUCAUGAUAUUGAAAAUAAAUUGCAUGUGGUUAGAUAAAGUAGAGUCAAACUUUCAUAACUUUGCUUAAAAGCUCUCGUGUCUCUAUUAUAAAACUCACUUCGUUUUAUAAACUCACUCGUGCUAAAAUGAACCUAUUUAUGCAACAGUUUCAUAAUCUACUAUUAUCAUACUGAUCGAAUAAUUUCCGGACUUGUCCCAAUUAACGGAUGUAUGUUGGACACCCUACAAAUUGAUCAGCCACUGGCCCUUGCAGUUCAACUGUUCUCUCCUCUCAUUUCGGUACAUUAUUGACUUUUUAAUAACACUUUAUUAAUUUUUACGCCAACAAAAGAUGCGGUUCUAUAAUUUGUAACUACGGAAUUAACGUCCGACCAAACUGCAUUAUCUAUGUACCUUCAUGUUAUUUCAUUAUGUCGAUAUAAGUUGUUUGAAAUAAAAAAUAAACUUUGUGAAUUAAUGGAGUGAAAGGUGAUUAAAUCGUAACAUGUGAGAAGGCACAGAUUUAUUUGGAACGAUAUUUUUUUUUUCAAGCAGUACAGUGUAAUUGAGUAUAGAUUAUUUUUUAAAGAUUGUUUUAAUACCCUUAAAUGAACAUACAUGUUAAUAUCACCUACCUAUACCUCAGCCGUUCACUACAGGAUAUGAGCCAUCCAUUAAUUACGUGAGGCAUAAUUUGGCGAUUUUCUAACCCCCACUCCGCUUUUCUGAGAUAUCGUGAGAUUUGUUACGGCCAUACGUUUGGCCAGGUAUAGCUUGGCAAAUUGGUUCGUAACACUCCCGAUGGCCCGCGCGGGCCGGGGGGCGUGUAGCGAUGAAAGAAAAACCCACGACACAUGCACCACACUUUACGCGCGCACGAUUUCACAGUCUUUCCCCCCGUCGCCCGCAUAUCAUGGCAGUGUUAUCAAUGAACUUGCCAAGCUAUAAGUGUGCGAUGUUAUUUCGCUUUGCAUUUCGUAUAAAUGGCUACAUUUUUAUAAUUGAUCGAACCAUCGCACAUUUUUUAUAAUAGAACAAUGCUUAAAAAACUUUUUUUUAAUUUUAUUGAUAAAAAUUUGUCUAACUCCGAAAAAUUAUUAUAGCCAGGAUUGUGAUCUUAUUGUGAAGAUGAAGGAUUUUUCAGAUAUUUUGAAUUUUUUUGAUUUUGACAUUUUAUUGCGAAGCGGGUAUUCGCACUGCAACGUCACUUUAUUUGUUUAUUGUGUUAAUUACAAAGUUAUUAAACAAGUCUUAAUCAUAAACGACCCAAUUAGAACUCAAAACCAUAAUAAACAACAAACGAAAUUUUUUAAAUGUAAACGUAGCAAUCAAUUAUUUACAUUUACAUUUCUUUACAUUUAUUUACUAUCAGUAGAUGUCUGAAUUUACGUUUGAUGUGACAAUCUUAUUGUCUUUAAUAUAAAACCUGCUUGCAUUUUGCUCAAUGUACGAGACGAGAAAUGUUUGUAAGCGUUAUCCACCGUGAUUAUUUGUAUUUAUAAAAACUGUAUUUAAUUGAAAAGAUAAUAAAAGGGUACGCCUUUAUGUGAUAAUUA